UGCUACAUAAUUCUGUAGUGCGGAAAUGACGUCAUUGCAUCGCGACAAGCGCGCAUCUUAGAGGACGCUGAGCAAGGCAUGGAACACCUUGGUGCAUUACUACUGCUUUUGACUUGUGUGUCAUGUUUCCCUUUAACAGAAGGUUUUCCAAAGGACAGCACAGAACAGUUUGUGUGUAAUAACGGCAGACGUGUGCCUCUGAAUCAGCGCUGUGAUGGUGUGGACCACUGUGUCGAUGGCAGCGAUGAGAUCUCCUGUUUGAAUUGCACUAGUGGCUCCUUCCACUGCGUGGCAGCAGCGCGCUGUGUUUCUGCCCGCAGCAUUUGUGAUGGAAAGCCUGACUGCUCAGAUGGAGCAGAUGAACAGUUAGACACAUGCACAUUGCUAUCUAAAGCACAGACAUGCGCUAGGUCAGAGUUCAGAUGUGCCAAUGGACACUGUGUGCCCAAUUCAUGGAGGUGUGACCACUCCUUUGACUGUGAAGAUCACAGCGAUGAAGAGAACUGUGAUCACAAUGAAUGUGAGCUUGAUAACGGCGGCUGUUCUCACAUGUGUAUUGAUCUGCCAUAUGGCUUCAUGUGUGACUGUCCCAGUGGAAUGAGGCUGGUCAAGGACACGCACUGUGAGGAUGUGGACCACUGUCUUGAUUCAGAUGUGUGUGAUCAAAUUUGCGUCCGUUCCAAUGGGUCUCUUGCGUGUGAAUGUCAGGAUGGGUAUGAACUGACUGCCGGGACUGGACAUUGCAAAGUUACAGGUGUUGUUGCUCGGGUGGUGGUCAGCACUCAAGAGGGUGUUAAGUGGAUGGACCUCAGCGGCUCUGAGCAAAGAAACAUCACAUAUACAAGAGUCUCGCCAGGACCUGUUACAGCACUUAAUGCAAAUAACACGCUAUACUGGACCAGUCUUGAGAAUGACGUCAUCUACAGAAUGUCUUUGGACUCCAGUGACCAUAGACCAGCUGUGUUGUUAAAGGCCUCCACAGGCAUUCAGGGAUUAGCGGUAGACUGGAUCCAUGAGCUUCUGUACUGGGUCAGCACCAGUAUUCAUGCGUUACACGUGGCCUCUCUGAAUGGCUCCAAACAAAGGCAGCUCAUCUCUGGACUCUCCAUACCUACUGCAGUUGCUGUCCAGCCACUGCUAGGGUAUCUGUUCUGGGCAGACAGUGGGGAUUCUCCCAGAAUUGAGCGUGCCAGUUUGGAUGGGACAAGCAGAAUAGCACUGAUAACUUCAUCCAUACGUUACCCUGUCGCAAUCUCCCUAGAUAUUCCCCGUGGUCUGCUGUACUGGGCUGACUCAGGUCUGCGCACGAUAUCAAGGGUUGCAUUUGAUGGACAACAAAGAAAAACGGUUGUAGAGUCCAACGGUUAUCUGGAUCAACCAUUUGGACUGGCCAUAUUUGAGAGUCGAGUCUACUGGAGUGACCAGUUGACCAACUCUAUCUGCAGUGCAGACAAGCACAACGGCAGUAUUCUCCAGGUGUCUCAGAGACUCGGUUCUGUUUCACCAGCUGGUCUGGUCAUCCUUCAGCCUCUGUUACAGCCUGCAGGUCACGGUGCAUGCAGUAUCUCUGGAGAGGUUUGUUUGUCAGUCUGCAUCACAGAUCUCUUCUCUGAAAAACCUCAAUUCAUUUGCUCUGACCCACAAGACCCUAACUUUGAAAAAGAUCCAUUGCAGUCGGAAACAAGAAGCCUACUUCCUGAUUCACCAUUUCCAUGGAUUCUGUCUUUGACCGUCAUCAUCAGUUUGCUGUUGGUGGGGGUGGUGAUAUGGCGGCAGCGGUCUGAAUUCUGUGCCCCUCGUUCUCUUUCUCUUCUUGGAGAUGUGACUCUUAAAGAAUCCCAGGAUCCUCUUCUGUUAUCCAAGCUACCUGUGGUACAUGAGCAUAAAGUUGGCACACAGAAUGGUUCAACAUAAUUUCACAGACGAUGUUUUCCUGUAAGGGGAACUGCACACUUCCUUUGGGGGAUUUCAAAGAUUUCUGCCAUAUUUGGACAAAAGAGGGAGUAAUGUGAGGCAGGAAGAUGGAUUCUCUGCAAACAUCCUGCUUGGUGACCCCAAAAAAUGCUCUUAAAUUUUUUCUCCAUUUCAAUAAUUAACUGACCAUGUAGUGGCACAACAGAGCUGUGAUGACGUUUAUUAGUUGAACUUGUUUUAAGAUGUUGUUCUGUUUAGUUUAUACUGCUGUAAUUUGUGAAGUGAAUGUCCAUUCACCAUUUAAAUCAUAGGUACAAGCUGACAAUCUCUGUCUUGUCUUUGUAAUGUGUGCAUAGAGACAAAAUCAUUUAGGAAAAGAUUAUUUUUAAAUUCACUGAUGCUGAAAAUGCCUUAGAUUACAGAGAUAGUUUAUAUUUAUUAUGUGAGGAGAAAAAGAAAUGCUAUUUAUUUUUUUUGGUUCGGAUCACUUUUCCUGUUCACUUCAAGUUCUAGCUCUUUCUUCAUGAUUAUAUAUAGUUUGGAAAAAGGCAUUGUGAAUGCUUUUAAUGACCCAUGGUAUUGUGAUAUGUUGAGUUUGGUGAAAUAAUAAAUUAUAUGGGUUGGAAAUUGUACUUUUGCUGUAUUUUCAACCUUUUAUUUUCUUUG